AUGACGGCGACGAGCAUACCGACCCCGGACGACGUGCCCGCCUACAUGGCCCAGAUGACCGACAACAGCGACGUGCUCGUCGACCCGCGCAUGGCCAUGUCCUUUUACGGCGUCAAGACGGAAAAGGACGUGGCGGCCGAUUCGCCGAGCCAGUUCAUGAUGACGCCGAGGAUGUUUGCCGACGGCGACGACAAUGAUAACUUCGUCGUCGACCUCGACCGGCCAUCCCGGGAACCGUCGUAUCACCACGCGGCCUCGACGCCCCGUGCCGCCGCCGAAUCCGCCCUCGACGCCGUCGAGCUUGCACCGCUCAUCAUAUCCCCCCCAUCCUCCAACACCCCCCCCGACUCGCCGCGGACCAAGGCCCCUCCCUCCUCCGCCCAGCCGGGGGCGAAAAGGUGCUCGACGACGAAGCGGCAGCCGACGGCGUCGAGGACGAAGAGGAAACGCAGUCGCGCCCAGCCGUCAACGCCCUCGACUUCGCCCGCCAAGAAAGGCUCGCCCUGCGCCGCCGCCGCCGCCGCUGGCAGGAAGACGGCCAAGAAGGCGACCAAGGAAGACGCGCGCCGUCACCACAGCCUCGAGCGCAACCGCGUCGCCGCCUCCAAAUGCCGCGAGAAGAAGAAGCAGUGGGUGCACGAGCUCGAGUCCAAAAAGGCCGAGCUCGAGGCUCUGCACGCGAGCCUGCUCGUCGAAUGCACCAACCUGCUCGAGGAGUCGACGCAGAUCAAGAACCUGCUCAUGGACCACGCCGCCUGCCACGACCCCAACAUCGACAUGUGGCUCGACAACGAGGCGACGCGCUUCGUCCACCGGCCCUCCGACCUCGCCUCCCUGCCCCCGCCGCAACCUCAGCCGCCCCAAGGCUCGGCUCGCCGCCAUUCCAGCAUCGGCAGCCUCAUGUCCAUCCAGAGCCAAAACGGACGUGCAGACUCCGUCGAGCAGCCGUCGUCGACGGUGCGAACCGAGGACGCGACAAUGCCGUUUCCCGUUCUGUCGCCCGUGCUGAAGAAGGAACCCAUCAACUACGACUACAUGCCCGACGAGCUUUUCCGGGACGACUGA